CCCUUCGAGGCCUCCCGGAUGCAAUUGCACCGCGUUAGGCUUGGGACGCUUUCCGGCCUCAUCCAUACCAAUUCAAUCAGCCUUGUCCCUCAUCUAUAUCCUGCGAACUGUGAAGCUCCACAACUGCUAGCGAUUCACAUAUAUAAGACGGCUUUUUCGAGCUCCCUUUCGCCUAUCAUCACCAGCACUCACCAAGAUUCCAACUCAUACGCCGCCGUUCACUUACUAAAGAAACGCCACACUCACAGACAGACUCGACCCUCCCACCACAACCACCACCACCAACACCACCAACACCACCACCAACACCACCACCACACAACACCACAACCACCACAACCACCACCACAACCACCAACACCCAAAAUGCAACAAUCGUACGUUCGAGUAACUAAACGCGGCAAUCAAGUACCGGUUGUCCCCGUCUGUCCGCCUAUAGACUGUCCGUUCAAGACGGAUGAUGGUACGACAUGUGGGUUGCGAUUGACCAAGGCCUCGGACAUUCGCGACCAUUUUGUGAGAGAACAUGGCAAAGGGCUCGUUGCGAAGCCGUACAAGUGUGAGCGCUGCGGGAAACGGCACGCAACCCCGAAACAAAGAAACAGCCACAAGGAUCAGUGCAGGAGGGAUCCUGCGGAGGAAGGGGGCGAGAUGGAGCUCAUCAACUACCACUUGGACCAAGUUGAGAGAGCGAUACAGACCCCUUCUCUCACCACCACCGAAGGCAUCAACACUGCAAUCGCUGCGAUUCUCUGUGCAAACCAAGAGCUGAGUGCAGGCCGUCCGCCAGCCGCGUCCACCUCCUCGACAAAGAAUUCCCCAACCCCACAGCCGAGCGCUUCUCCGUCUGCGCCGCAGCCGCCCAUGCUGGAGGUGGUACCCAUCGACCCGCAGCACGGCGGCCAUCAUCAUCAUCAGCACGAGGCUCCUCCGCCGGUCAUUUACUACGACUCUCACAGUCACAGUCACGGCGAUCCAAAUCCACCCGUCACUUACGCACCCGGCUAUCCGGCCCAUUCCGAACCCUCGCCCUGGAUUCAUCCUGGAACCGUAUACGAACCGGUCCACGCCUACAACAUCCAGCCCAUAAACCCGCGCAAUGCCGCGUCCUCUCGCAGGGAUAACAAUUAGGUAGUCUUGCAAGCGUCGCGAUCGUGGGGAAGGAGGGGGCGGGGAUAGUUACAUGGCGGCAUUGAUUCGAUCGCGGGACUUGGGG